AUGCUGGGGGCGGUGGCGAGGGCGAAAAGGGCGGUGGUGAGGGUGGGUUGGUUUGGGACGGUGCUGGUGUGGUAUGUGCCGAGGUUCUUGGUGUGGGAUGCGCCGAAGCAUGUCGUGGUUAAGCCGCUGGGGAAGGGGUGCAAGUAUUGUUGGGAGAAUAAGCACAAGUUUGGCGGGUGGUGUAAGAGGCAGGCGGUGGAAUUCCCGGGUAGGGCGAAGAAGGCGGGCAAGGCGGCCUGGGAGAGCGCGAAGAAGGCGCCGAAGGAUGUGUGGCGGGCUGUCAAGGCGACUCCCGGGGUGGUCAAGAAGUUGUUGAAGCGGCUGUGGGAGAUCAUGACCAAGAUCCCGGCGGCCAUGAAGAAGCUUUGUGUGUGGCUGUGGGAGAGCCUGAAGCGGGUUGGGAAGGCGGUUGGAGACGUCUUCUUGCGUGUCGUGGCGGUACUGCACACGGCCGUCGCCGCCGUGCUCGACUUCUUCAAGAACAUCAAGCUCAAGGAUGUGUGGAACGGGGUCUGCGAUAUUGCCCAGGCCAUCUUCCGCGGUCUGCCACGCGCGAUGUGGAAGGUCGUUUCGUCACUUGGGAUUGUCGUGGCCGGCAUCAUCAUCGGCAUCUUUGGGUUGACGGGGAAGCUCAUCGUGUUCCUUUUUGAGGCGUUGUGGUAUGUUGCCAACUGUCCUUUGCCGGAAGUGUUAAGGAAGCGCCGUCCACGACGAUCAAGCAAGUGGAAGGAAGCUAGUGAGAGAACGGUAUGCGAUGAGUAUGAGCCGGAGUACCCAGAGCGCUGGUCUGUAGGAGACGAUGCAAUGAGAACUAGAACGUGGCGAAGCGAGACAAGUCCAGGCCGUGAAUAUCUCCACCCAGGUUCCUUCCUUGAAGCCCAUCCCGAUCCCAUUCCUCCCAACGGCUCCAAAGCCACGCUCUCCCCAUCUAGAAUGUAG